AUGGCUCCUCCAACGGCACCCUUGAACUUGGAUGUCGAGGCUAUAUCCGGUAUCUGUGGCUCCAUAUCCAUUGCCGCUUGGGUAGUGGUAUUCAGUCCACAAAUCAUAGAGAACUUCCGGCGUAGCUCCGCUGAUGGCCUGUCUCUACAUUUCAUCAUUGUCUGGUUGGCAGGCGAUGUCUUCAACAUCCUGGGCGCCGUACUACAAGGCGUCCUACCUACCAUGUUGAUUCUUGCCAUCUACUACACGAUAGCCGACGUCGUGCUGUUAGCCCAGUGUUUCUACUACAAGGGCUUCACAUGGAAGGAUGAAGUGGUGCCGCCACCACCCAAGGCACCGCACAUCGUUGUGACGGGCGAGCCUAACGAGAGAACGGGCUUGCUCGAUGGGCCAUUUGCCGAGCGAGGGAGAAGAGACAGCAGGGAUAGCUGGAGUCACUUGUCGCCAGCGGUUCCACUAGUCUCCGAGCACCCUGCCAUUCUGCCGCCUACACCAACUCGUUUACAGGCUACCUUGUGGAACACGACUGCGGUGCUUAUGGUCUGCGUGGCAGGCGUGGCAGGCUGGGUCCUAAGCCGUCGUUACUCGGACGGGUCGUCUGACGAACCGGCCGAAGAAGGUCUGCGUCAAUUUAAUAUCUGGGGACAGAUCUUCGGAUACAUGUGUGCCGUGCUCUACUUGGGCUCUCGGGUGCCGCAGAUGAUACUCAAUUGGCGACGGAAAUCGACCGAGGGCGUCAGCAUGCUUUUCUUUCUCUUCGCCUGCUUAGGCAACUUGACAUAUGUGUUGUCUAUCUUUGCAUACGAGCCACGUUGUGCUCAACCGUAUCAGUGCCACGACGGGGAGGCGAAGAGUAUCUAUGGCCGAUACAUCCUCGUCAAUCUUUCGUGGUUGGCAGGGUCCCUAGGAACGCUGUUCCUCGACCUUGGCAUCUUCGCCCAGUUUUUCAUUUAUAGCACUGACGCGUCGUCAGUGUGUGAUGAGGAGGCGCUUGAGGAAGAUCAGCUCGACGAGGAUGAUGACAGCAGCAUCGAUGAAGACGGUGGGGAUCAGCGACCGGUUCUGCAGCGCCUCGGUUCAGGUCUCCCCUAG